UAUAUAGUAUCAUCAUUAGUGGUAUUACCCAAACAUACGUAAUCAACAACUCUUGUGUGCCAAUUGAAAACUCUCAAGUCCGUGCAUAUAUACUUGUCGUGAUGCAAAGUAUAAAAUAUGUGAGCAUGGCUGACGUAACCAUCCGUACCCUUGAGUGUAUAAAUUUCAGCCCAGCAUUGAGGUUGUGCACAAUCGAAGAGAAGAAACAAGAUGGCAAGCAAAAUGGCAAGUUCGUCGACAGCGUUGAACGAUUCUCCCAGUUUAAAAGUGGUGAAAAAGCUGUGCAACCGAGGUCUCGUUAGUUUAAAGUUCUUGAAGAAUUUUAAAGAGAAGUUUGGAGCAGUAAAGGCUGUUGUAAACAGCAAACGUGUGCACAGGGCAAAUGACGAAGAGUAUUGGUUGGGCAUUCGUAAAAUGUUUGCUUACGAUGAGGACGACGAGAACGAUGCCCUUCCAAUCAACGCCGCAAACCUUGCGCCAACUUUUAACGAGGUGCAGUUGAUCCAGAAUGAAUAUUUCCUUGAAUUGAAUAAGAAUAUCGCUAUCCAGAAUCGUUUGGAAGUUUUCGGUUUGGUAAUCGAUGAAGCGCGUGCUUUGAUCGCAAAUCAACUCGGAGUUAACUCGGAUGAAAUAGCCAUCAUGCGAAAUGCAACCGAGGCAAACAACAACAUCAUUAAUGGUCAAUUAUUCAAGCCAACUGACGAGGUCGUCAUUUGGGAGCAAAACCAUGGGUCAGACAAGGAGGCCUGGUACAUCCGUCAGCAGCAACAAUCAUUCAAGAUUCCCUCUGUGCCAUACGACCUCGAAGGUGCCACCUCAGACAGCGACAUCGUGAAUGAGUUCAUGAAGUUUGUUAACGAGCAUACGAAGUAUGUCACAUUUUCCCAUCUCUCCAACGUUGGUGGCCGUCUGUUGCCCGCGGAAGCAAUUUGCAAAGCUGUCCAUUCUAAAUUCCCACACUGUCAUGUGCAUGUCGAUGGUGCGCAGACAUGGGGCUGCAUGGAUAUGAAUUUAGCUGAGAUGGAUUGUGACAGUUAUGCCUCAUCAAGCCACAAGUGGUUCUUUGGUCCCAAAGAAACUGGAAUAUUGUUCAUGAAGAAGAGUCGUAUUAAGAACUUUUAUCCGAACACCUUUGGUUACGACUUGAAGAUUAACCUCCCUAAGAAGCUUUACCAUGAUGCCAGAAGAUUCGAAACCCUUGGCACGCGUUCAGAUCCCAGUUUGAUGUGCUUGCUCAACACUGCAGAAAUUCUGGGGGAUAUUGGUUAUCAAGCGAUUGAAGCUCGGGUCCGCUAUCUGGGUACUUUGGUAUACGAUGGUUUCAAAAACUUACCAAAUUUUCCCAUGACAACACCAGCAAAUGAAUCUCAACGUAUUGGCGUGAUCGUUGCAGACGUAGAACCUCAGUGGGGCCAAGACCUGUAUAAUUAUUUGUACGAUUAUCACAGAAUCGCAGUAUCCAGUACAGGUGGUAUACGUAUUUCGCCAACAAUCUCCAACAUGCCAUAUCAGAUAUCUUACUUAUUGGCUGCCGUCGAAGAAUUCAUUCUAAAAAACCCACCUCCACCUAGAAAUUAGUGAACUAUAAAGUAAUCUUUUGAAUCGAUAUACAACUUGACAUGCACGUGCUACUAUAUAAUUAGAUUUAAUAAUAUGUAAUCGCAUCUUGUAUUUCUGGGAUUAAAAUUAUAUUGCAAUAAU